UCUUCUUCUUCCUUUGCCACGCUUUAUCCGGACCUGCAGAGUCCCAAGAAGAAAAUGUCGAAGAAAGAACGUGCACGGCUGGAGGCCGAACAGGCCGAACAUCACCGGAUGGAGCUGGAAAAGGAGCGCCAGCGCAAGGUGGAGGAAGAAAAGAUGCGUAAGGUGCGUGAGAAGGAGGAGGCCGAGCGCAAGCAGGUACAGGAGAUAGUGGCCAACAAGCUGCGCAAGGUGCAGCUGGAGGAAAGCUACACCUAUCUGGCCAGCAUUCGGGAGGAGGUGCGAAAAGUGUUGGCCGAUGCGAAGAAGGAACGAGAGUGGGAGCAGUAUAUGCGUUGCAACGGGUUACCCAACGCUUUCGAUCCGGCCGAUCUGCGGAAAUAUCUGCACAUCUGGUGCGAGAACAUCCGGGACACUAACGAGGCGGAGCGCAAUUGGUUGCUGCAGACGAACGAGCAGAGCAUCCUGACGCAGAACGUGAACGUUGCGAACCUGUCGAUGGAGAGUCUCAAGCUGCAGCAGCCCCAGAUCGGCAACACCUAUGCGGCCAAAGCGGUGGAAGUGUUGGGCAUACUGGAGGAAAUCGAUGAGGCACUGCACGACUCGGACGUUCGUCCCUCCAUGGUGGAAGAUUUGAAUGAGUUAAAGAUGGAGUUUCGUAACGUUCUGGCCGAUUACAUCGACGAGUUUGCGUACAAGAUCUUGAGCAACAUCAAUCGAGACAUGGAGCUGAACGGGUUGCUGGAAGUGUCGCACAAGUUCGAAUCGCCAGUGUUCAAAACGCAUCUGUUUGGGCUGCGCGAUAUGCCAACACCUCAGCUCAAUCCCAAAGAGCGAGCCAAAGAGGACAGUAAACAUACGAGCAUUGAUUUUCCGAGUCUUGGUUUUCAUCUGACACUGCCGGCGGCUGUCAAGUGCCACAAGGCAGCGAUCCGGGGACUUUGGAUCAGUUACGAUCACUGUAGUGACUACUGCCCUAGCUACGAUAUGCCUUACAAGCAGGAGAACUUAGCCGAUUUACGCAUAAUAAGUCGCAUUGAGUGGAAGAAGCGUAAGGAAAUACUGAAAGCUGUCUAUGAAGAGCCCAAAGAGAAGAAGACCGACUCGGACGAGGACGACCAGACACCGCAGGACAUUGAUGUGGACAAAAUCUACACGGAGCACGCCGACGAGCUGAUGAAGAAGGAACGCACGAAGAAGGGCGCCAAAACGCUCAAUUUGAGUGAAUAUGACGUGAACAUGCGUAGUCACCGGAUUGUGGCCGGUGUGUACGCCAUCGACUAUCUCGAGCAACCGAUGCAGGAUGUGAAGAUCGCAAAGAAGACACUGCUCCGAACAGUUCCUCAACCUGGAAAGCUAAAGCGCAAAAAGUUCUACCAACCCUACCGACCACCGCCAACACCGCAACCGGGCGUCCGGCGACUUCCGGAGGAGAUCGAGGCGGAAAUCAAACAGAUGGAGGAAAACCUAGACAAACUCGCGCUGGUCUCGGUGCAGCUGCCUGAGAAUGUGUUCUGGUUCGAGCCACCGAUCGUCUGCCGCUGGGAGCUGAAGGAAGAAACGCUCGAAUCGGAUCCGAACUUCGCCAAGUAUCUGGAUCGCCUGGAGAAGGCCCAGCAAGCGGCCAGGGAGCGCAACGAACGCUCCAACCUCGACCGGCGCACCAAGUACGUGGAAGACUUUAACAUCCUGGACGUACCGCAGCACAUCCCGUUGCGGGCGAUUGUGACCGACUUCGUCAUACCCAAGCUGCCGGACAGCUGCAGCAUCAAGAUCUCGGUGGCGGAAGACAAGCGGCGCGCGGCACAGCCGACCGCUGCCGCCGGCAGUGGUGGUGGGAAGCGAUCGUCGAAGCAGAAGCGCCGUCUGCACAAGAUGCCGUCGAACGUUUCGCUCGGCAGCAUCGUGUAUGAGACGAAGAUACCGGACUUUCUGUACGCGACGCGCAACCCGCUGCGCAUACUGAAGGUGCUGGAUCGGCGCAACCGCCAGUGCUAUCCGUACGCGGGCACGUCGGACAGCGACGAUCUGGACGAUUACGACGAGUCGGACAACGAUGUGGUGCAGAACCGCAGCACGAAGCGGAAGGUGUACAUGUUUUCCAGCUUUAUGAAGGAUUUGGACGAGCUGCUGGAGUCGAAAUCGCCCAAGCUGCAGGCAAAACUGGAGCAGGAGCUGGGUGCGGGUGGGCCGACGGGUGGACCGGGCAAGCAGUCGUUGCAGGUGGCUCGUUCCGACGAAACGCGCACCGUUCGUGGGGAGAAGGGCGAGAAGGGCAAGAAGCCGGCCAAGAGCAAAUUCGACUCGGACGAUGAGGACGUCGAUUAUGGCAACAUUCUGGAGGUGGGCAACUACAGCAUGGUGGAGAACGACAAGCGCUACAUUGGCAAGUGGUCCACCCGGGACGUGCACGACGUGAAGUUCAACGAGGACAAGCUUACGAUCCAGUUCCGCGUGGGACGGCUCGGUUCGUUUGCAUUUGCCGCGAAUCGGUACAGCAACGUACCGUACCAGUCCUGGGAGCUGAAGCCAGACAUAAAGAACCCCGGUACGGUCACCUUCUCGCUCACCGCAUCGGUAGUUAGCACGGAGAUGACCAUUACGGAAGCCGGUUUCCGUGUCAACUCCCUGCAGGGCGGACCUACGCAAGCGUUGCAGGAAAUUCUCGGCCUCACCAUGUCGCUGCGCAAGCUCAUCAAAACGCUCCGGCUGGCGGCAGUCGAUCUGUUCCCGGAGGAUGACGCGUUCAACUACACCGAGGGAACGUGCGAGAAGAACCCGAUCAUGGAGUCGCACCUGUACGACUGCAUUGGGUUGCUAGCGCUGACGCACAACUUCUCCUGGUCGCGCUGGAACCUGCUGUCCGGCUGUCGGAUGUGUGUGUUGCUGAUGCGCGAAAUCGUCGAACAUCGGCGACUGCCGAACCACUCGACGCUGCUCGUUACCCCGCUGAAGGCGUCCGUGAUCGAUACGGUGGAAGUGUCGCCGGUUUUCAAUCCGAAUCCAGUCGAGGGGAUGAAUCAUUAUGCCGAUCUUUAUCAUCUAGGGCGCGAUCAGUCACAACCAUCCUCUAGGAUCAAGCAGGAGAAGAUGAGCCCGAUACUGCGCGAGAAUGUGACCCAGCUCCUGAAGUCCGUUCGACCACUCAGCUUCUCCUAGUGGUGCUGCAGUUUAUUUACUAUUAAGAGCAAUAAAGUUGGCUAUUUCGAUCUCCUCGCCACUGUCUAGUGUUUUUUGUUGCUGUCGUGUUCCGACCAUUAUCUCACAUUCUGCUGUGUGAUUGUGGCGCAUUCGACGCCAACGAGUGUUAAGCAGCGAACCUUAUUUAGUACGCACUAACGAGCAACAAUGUUACCGGCGUGAAUCGCUUUUAUCGUAUUCAAAUUGCUUUCGGGUAGUUUUCCUCGUCACUCUCUCUCCUUCUCUGGUACUCCCCUGGACCAGCAGACUACGACUGUAUCUCAAUAACGAGUGUCACUCAAUUAAUAGGACAAGAUCGUAAAACCAU